AUGGAAGAUUGUUUUGGCCGGCGAGGCAACGGGGGUGCUGCCGUGGAAGACGAGGAGGAUGAGCUGGGGACGCCCUCUUCCUCCUCAUCGUCGGCCGGCUCAGGCGACGACGACGACCUCGGCUCCUCCUCGUCGGAGUUCGCCGAGGAUGACGACGGCGAGGUGGCGGCGUCGCUGCCGGAUCGGCAGGGGGAUCCCUUCGAGAUGGCCUCUCUGGCGGCGCAGCUCCCUCCCAAGUGGGUCGCCCCGAUCCGAUCCACUUCCUGCCUUUUCUCCCAUUCUUCUGCCCUGAAUUGGCUUAUUCCUUGCAGGAGGACGGGGCUGUCGAAGCAUUUCCAGGGCAAGUCGCAGUCGUUCACCUGCCUGUCGGCGGCGAGGUGCCUGGAGGACCUGGCCAAGCCGGAGAGGCCGCAGAGGAAGAAGAUGAAGCCGUGCCGGAGCUACGCCGGCGGGCUGGACGGCCACAACAACCUCCACUCGCCCAAGACCUGCUCGAGGGGCAUCUCCAAGAAGUCCUCCAAGGGCGGCAGCGCCGCCGCCCUUUCCUCCCUCGUGGUGAGGCGGCAGGGCUUCCUUGGCGGCCCCAGGCCGCCCAUGCCCCCCCACAGAUCCAGCAGUUUCUCCUCUCAGACUCUGCUCUUCGCCUGA